AUAUUUGUGUAGUUGUAUAUACAUAUUUGAAUAAAUAAAAGUUUAUACUUUAUAUAUAUAUAUAUAAAUAUUAUAAUAUAGUGAAAAAAUUUGAUUGCAGUUGAAUACAAGUGUAAUUUUUAAAAAAUAUAAAAAAUACGAAAAUAUUUGAAAAAAAAUAAUAGAAUUAUAUGAAAAUUAUUUCUCAUAUGUUAAAAAAUUACUGUACAAAUAUUUUUAUGUAUUUUAUUUGAAAAAAUAAGUAAAUUACUAUCAAUUUAUAUAUUAAUCAAAAAGUUGUUAAGAUUUAAAUGAAAAAUGCACAUAACCUCUGAGAAAUAAUAAGAGGAAUAAAAUAAAAUACUCAAUUUUUAUACAAAAAAUAAUAAAAAAAACUAUAUAGAUUUAAUUUAUAUUGCAAAAUUUAUUUUAUUUAUUUAUUAUUUACUUAUUUAUAAUUUUAUAUUUUUAUAUGAUAUAACAAUUUUUUAUAAUUACGUUUAUUAUAAAAAAUAUAUAAACUAUAUAGAAAUAUAAACUAAAUUAUUUUGAAGUUUUUAUUGAACAAUUUUUUUUUAUUAAUAAAAGAAUAUAUGUGUGUAUGUAUGUGUUUAUGUAUAUAUGUAUGUCUGGUUGUGUUUAUAUUUUAUUUUAAAAAAAAUAAUUAUAUAUAUAGAAAAGUAAAAAAUAUUUAUUUAGAAUAUAUUAUAACAAUUCUAGAAAUCAAAAAUAUAAUAAGGAAAUAUUAAAUAUAUCUAUAGUUAAAAAAUUUUUUAUAAUUCAAUUCAAAAAUAAAAAAUAAUAUAAGAUUAUAAACUAUAUUAACGAAAAAAAAUUAAAAUAAAGUGAAUCUAAAGUGAUUAUUAUAAUAAAUAUUUAUUUUCUACUAAUAAUAAUUACUAACAAUAUUAGAGAAUAUAUAAAUAUACAUAAUAUAGAAGUUUUUAUCAAUAUUCAUUAUAAAAAAAUUAAAAUUAAAUUAAAUAAAUUAAAAUUAUUUAUUAUUUAAUAUGGAAACUAUGAAUUUAUCAGAAUUUUCAUCAAAAUCAAUGGAUGUCAUCGUUGAUAUUCAUCAAGAAUAUGAAGAAGACAAAUUUUUUAGUGAUAAUGAUGAUCAAAAUAAAACGGUAGAUAAAAAUAUUUCAAAUCGAUUUCUACAGGAAUGUGAAAAUACAUCUUCGAAUAUAAAUACUAUUCGUGAUAAAAAAGUUAAAAGAUCUAAAAUCAAUUCAACUGCACAUCAAAAUCUUUUAAAAUAUAAUAAUGAUAUAAAAAUUAUAGAAUCGAUAGAUCUGAUUGAAGAAUUUGAAAAAUCACAGAUUAAGAAAAAAAAUGAAAAAAAAAUUCGUACAAUAAAAGAUAAUAAAUCGAAUAAGAAAAAUAGAAAUCGAUCGUUUAUAGAGGAAAAGCAUGAUAGAAAACAAUGGGAUAUAUCAAAAAAUGAAAUAGUAGAAAUGAAGAAACCAACGAGGAAACGAUGGUCAAAAGAUACCACUGUGAUUCAAUUACCGGAACCAAGGAGUAUUUCUUGGACAAAUACAUCUCCAGACAAUACAUCUUCGUCUGUUCAACAUUCAAAACAAUCAUUGUCAAUGGCAUGUUUUUCAAAUCAAUCAUUGCCAGCGAUACAUUCUUCAAAACAAGCAUUGACAACAAAUUCAUUUUUAAAACAGGAAUUAUUAUUUGGUUUUGAUAAUGUAGCUUUUGAUUCGGAAAAUGAAGAAAUUCUUAAAAUUGAAACCGAUCACAAUCAUGAUAACACGAAAAUCGAAAUGAAAUUUGAUGGCCGAAGUUCUCAAGAUUUGAGCAAGGAAAACAAAAGUUUGAGAGAAACGACAAUCAUGAUCGAAAAUUUAAAUGAGACUAUAAAUUUAAAUGGUCGAAAUUAUGAAAAUCAAAGAAAAAAAACAGUAUUAGAUAUUGAACAUACUGAAAAAUCUAAUUAUGAUAUGUCUUUGAAAGAUAGAAUGAAUCAUAAAUCAAAAUAUAAAAAAAAUUUUUCCACAGAUAAGAAUGGGAAAAAUAUUUCUGAUAAUUCCAAUACAUCGCAAAGCUUGGAAGAUAUUACUGUGCAAUCGGAUUCCUCCGAAAAAAUAUUAAUAAAGAAUAAUCAAAAAUAUAAUCGAAAACAUUCGAUUAAAAAUGAUCAAAAGCAUUCUAAAGAAAAUUUAAUAUCUGUCGAUGAACAUGAUUAUCUAAAUAGGAAUUAUUUAAAACAUUCUAGUCAACAAUCGUUUACUUCUGAGGAUGAUGAUUUGGAUGAGAAUCGUUCGAGAAAAAUUUAUAAUGAAGCUAAAUUAAAAAGAUCAAAUAUGAAGAAAAAAAAAACAAAUUAUACGGAACAAUGUCAAAUGCAACAAAAGCGAAAAAUACAUCAAAAAAAUAUUUCUACUUCAUCUAUGCAUACACCUGUUAAUGUCAAAGAAAAUUUAAAAAAAAAAGAAAAAAAAGAAGAGAAAAAUAUAAAAUAUAUUUCUGUAACAAUUCAUAGAACGGAUAUGUUAGAGAUUGAUUAUAUGACGAAACAUCCUAUGGUAAAAGUUCAUAUAAUAAAAGGAGAGAGUGGGAAAUAUUUAAAAAAUAAAUAUGGUACAAGUACAUAUUUGCAACCUAUAAUAACGGGAAAAUUCGAUUUCAAAGAAAAUAAAUCCAUAAUACCAAUAUGGGAGGAAGAACUUAUUUUCGAACAUAAUUUUGAAGAGCUUCUGAAAACCGAUAAUGAAUAUGUUGUAAUUCUUUUCGAAAUUAUAGAUCUUUUAAGUUUUGCCGAAGCCAGUUUCAAUUAUGAUAAAUUUGGUCAUGAAAGUUGUUGGUAUAAAAUAGCAUGGGCUUUUUUAAAACCUAUAGGAUACAAUAAUAUGUUACAUAUUGAUAAAAAGAUCAGAUUACAAUUGUAUAAGCCUCAAAAAAAUUUUCAAAAAUUUGAAAGAUUUCAUACAUGUGAAGUAUACACAUGGUGGAAAUCAAAUAUUCGAGAAAAAUAUCCUAGUAGCUUAUUUGUUACUAUAAAGUCCAUUGAUCCACCUAAAUUAGAACCUGUUUUAUAUCAACAAUUAUCAUUGAAUUAUUUAUCUAAUACAUGUAAUGAAUCACAAAAAAAUCAUACUUCAGACAAUAUAAAUUUACCAAAAUGGACUAGAUUAACUGCACAAUCUUGCAAAGUACCAAAUGAUAUUUUCUUCGAAACAGACAUCAGCGAAAACGGAUGUUUUUAUGUUGCUUUUAGCAACAAUGGCAAAUAUUUGGCUUGUAGCUUUGUUGAGGACCAAGAUUAUCCUAUUGUCAUUUAUAAGGUUGAAGCAAAGAAAAUACACGUACGCUUUUUAGGACACAAAAUUUUUGUUUAUUCUCUUCAUUGGUCUAACAAUGAUAAUUAUUUACUUUCUGUUUCGUCAGAUCAAACUGCUCGCAUUUGGGAUGUGCAGAAUCAAAUUAUACAACACAUAGAAAUGAUGCCUCAUCCUUCGUAUGUAUAUUGUGGUAAAUUCGAGUCUGAAAAUACCUCGAUAGUAGCAACUGGAUGUUAUGAUCGAAUAGUACGCAUUUGGAUACAAGAUAAGAAAUUGAAAAAUCAUGAUCUUAAUCAGGAAUUGGAAGGUCACGAGGGUUUUGUAAAUUCAAUGUAUUUUCAGAAAAAUAGUAACUUAUUAACAGCAGACAGUGUUGGAAUAAUAAUAUUAUGGGCGUUAAAAAAAAAUCGAAAAGUAUCAUUUAAAAAGGAAUGGCAUAUAUCACGAAAAAUAAAAGUCAGAGAAAUCGACGGUAUAAUAAUUAAUACGAUUAUUUUACAUCCUUUGGAAUCUAGACUUCUUGUUCAUUCGAGAAACAAUGGAUUAAAAAUGUUAGAUCUCGCAACUGGUGUAAUAUUGCAAAAAUAUAAUGAAUUGAAUAAUCAAAGAAUACAAUCAACAGCCUGUAUUUCUCCAUGCGGUAGUUUAAUCUUUUGCGGUGAUGAAGAUUCAUCUUUAAAUGUGUGGAAUUUAGAAACUGGAAAUCUUAUUGCAAAAUAUACAUUCGAUCAAUACUAUCGAGCAGUAACUUGUGUAGAUUAUCAUCCAUACGAUCAUAUGUUAGCUUUUACAAUUUUUGGCAGUUCUGCUCCGGUAAAAAUUUUAAAAUUUAAUAAAGAUGCCACAGGUGAAAAUAUAGGAUUAAAAAUGAGAGAAAUUGAAAAUAUAGUAAACAAUAGAAAUGUUUCCCUUGAAUUUUUAAAUACAUCUUUAAUAUCCAAAGAAGAUUUACAAUCAAAUAAUAAAGAAAUAAUUGAAGAUAAAGAUACUGUAAAAGAAAAGAAUUUGUUAUCUAAUCAGAGUUAUGAUUCUAAUCUUUUUAAAUUUCCUGAUAAUAUUCCUUUAGAAAAAAAUAAAUAUAAUAAUACAAAAAUAAAACUCCAACAAUUAAAUGAAACUGGACAAACAAUAAAAAAUCGCAGUGCGAAUCGUUUGUAUAAUAUUAUUAAAAAAAUCGAUAGCAUUUUAUCAAAUACGUCAAAAUCAUCAGGUGAUAUUGAAUCUGGAAAAAACUUUGUCCAAGAAUUAAAUAAGAUCAAAGUUUUAACAAGUUUAGAUGAAAAUAUAGAAAAACAGAAAAAAAAAUUGAGAAAAAAUACAUCUAUAAGUAGUGAAGAUCAAUCGAGUUAUUUUGAGUCAAGUACAACAAAUAGUGACAAACAGAAAGUUAUUGAAAGUUACGCUUUACAAAGUAACAAAAUAAAUGAUUGGCAUAUAAAAAAAAGAUUGAAAAAUAUAAAGGAAAUGAAAAAUAAUGACACAUUAAAAAAUUAUAUAUCAGAGAGUUUUUCUGAUAGUACUACUGAUUAUUAUAAGAUGAAAGUAUAUCAUGAAAGUACAAAAGAUUUAUCACAAGAAAAUAUUGAAUCAGAGCAUAUUACUGAAAUAGAAAAAAAUGAUGGAAAAAUAAUUAUUUGUGAUAAGCGUUUUAAAAAUAAUGAUUCAAAUUCUACUGAUAAUAAAAUACAUAUUGUUGAAAAAAAUGAUGUAAAAAAUUGUGAUGAAAUUUCGUUAAAAAUGUUUGAAAACAAAAAUUUAGUUUUAGAUGUUACAAAUAUUGAAUCAAAUAUAGAUAAUUAUGAAAGUGAUUGUUCGAUACGUAGUAAUGCGACUUUUAUUAUUGAACGUGAAGUUUCUACAUCAAAAUAAAAAAAAAAUAUAAUCUAAAAUCUUUUUAAGAAUUUAAAAAUAAAAAUAUAAUAUUUAAAAUCAUUAUUUAAUGUAUUUAAUAUAAAAUGCCUUUAUAUAUUAUAACUUAUUGUAUUUAAAACAAAUUUGUAAUUUAAAAAUAUUUUAUUUCAUGUAUUUCUAAAGCAUGUAUUUUAAAUUAUUAUUUAUCAUAUAACACGAAGUUGUUUCGAUGAUAAAUCGUACAUCGACAAAAGAUGUCUAUAUAUUAUCUAAGAGAAAUUAAUUAUUAUAUUAUUUUAUAUUAUAACAGUUAAGAAAUAAACGUGCAAGUUAUUUUAACUUAAAUAAAAUUAUUUUUAUUUUAAAUAUGGGUUCUUUUUUCGGAAAUAUAGCUAGAAUUUCUGUGAAAAUAAUUAUUCUUCCUUUUUUGUAUUUGACAUAUUUAUAUGGCGUAUAUUUAGCGAAUUUAAUUAAUAUAGCAUUUAUAAUUUACAUAUUAUUCAUAUUUAAAUUAGUUGGUAUACCGAUAAGUACUGAAAAUGAAGAGUCAGGUGAUGAAGAGGUACGAAAUUUUUCGUAAUUAUUAAUUAAUAUUAUUUAUAAUAUUAUAUUAUUUAUAAUAUUUUUUUAAUAUUUAUAAUAACAAAAUAUAAAUAUAUAUUAAAUACUUUGUUAAUUUCAUAAAAACAUGAAAAGUUGAUAAAAUGUAUGAUUUUUCUGGAUGCAUUACAUAUAUAUGUACAUAUAUGUAAUUAAAAAAUGAAUCUCGCAAAAAAAGCGAGAAAUGGGCAGUAUAUUGACAAGUUUAGCUACGAUUGGCAUUAGUCUCAUUUUUUAUCCUUUCCUAUUUCUUUGCUAUAUAUACAUUCUUUUUAUUAUGAUUAUCUUUAAUAUCGUACAUUCAUUCUAUAUUUUUCUUUUAAUGUUACUUAACGGUUUUCCGGAUAGCACAAUUAGUGAUUAAGAUUAUGUGAGUUUAUAAUCUACAAAUAAAAAUAUGAUUUUCAAUUA